AUGGCAUCCAUGUGGCUGUGGUGUCCCAACCGGCAAGUGAGGGGUUUCUGCCUCAGAGAAGAAUGCUGUGGUAAGAGGCCUUCUCCUAUGCAACACCAUUAUUAUUUCCACAAGACAUGAAUUCCUUCUCCCAGUUACUGCUAUGGUGAAGCACUACAGCUACAGAAAGAAGGGCAACCAAGCCCCACAUAAAAAUACAGUUCCCUUUCCAGAGCUGAGCUUGUGUGCCUAUUGCUUAUGUUUUAAUCCGAAACAUAUUUCUAGGCUUACACAGAGAUAAUGCUGGGGAAACACAGCAAGGGGGUGAAUCGCAUGCUGGUCCACUUAAAAACACUGGGUGGGAGAAAUGUAUGAGGGGAGAAGGGGAGAAAAAUCGCUACCUGGCUAAUGAAAAUGGAUAAAAUUAGGAGUGUAACAAAUUCUAUUUCCUGAUCUCCGUUAGAAGCAUAAAACCAUUAAACAGCUGACAGUUUCUCUCUACUAAAUGAGCAUGUUAACAUGUCACGGCAGCCUUCCUUUGAUUAGUUCUGACCUGUUUGGAAGCAAUUUAUUAUUUGGGUCAAGGCAAAUGUAGUUGUGCAGCUGAAGUGCACAAACCUUCGUUCCCUACCUAUCCGGCAAAUGCCUCUUUUUAACAAUGCGGUGAAAGCAGAGACGGUUGCCAAGCCAUGGAAGAUGGCUGGGCUUUGUGCCAACAUAUCCUUGAAUAAGACCUUGCACAUAACCUCGUCUAGUUCAUUUUGCUGUCUGUUCUUCUAAAAUUCCAGGCCAAAAGAAGCAAAACAAUAACAAAAAAAACCAUUGGAAGAUCGGCAAAGAAACAAGCGAGAGGAAACAUCUUCAAUAAUGUAAUAACAACAGUGGCAACAACAAUUAUUAUUAUCUUUAUGAUAAUAAUAAUUUGUUAAUCACUUGAUAUAUAAGGAAUCUAAGUGACUUGUAAACCUUAAAAACAUAACACAUAACAUAAAACCAUAAAUGCCAAAGAAAUUAACAACUAUCUGACUUUUAGAAGACAUCUGAAGGCAGCCUGUUUAGGGAAGCUUUUAAUAUUUGAUUAAUUAUUGUAUUUUAAUAUUUUGUUGGAAGCCUCCCAGAUGGGCGGGGUAUCAAUAAAUUAUUAUUAUUAUUAUUAUUAUUAUUAUUAUUACACUAUAAUGUUACAAAAGUUGGGUGCUACCCCCACUCUCUGCCAAGCAAUAGCAAGAUCCCAGAGGCUUCCAGUCACUCACCCAAGGUCUAUGUUCCUUUGGAGAACUGAGACAUGGCGGAGACUACCAUAGCUUUAAGAAAUUUGGUUUAUUCACCUAUUUACACCUUCAGUCUGCAUGGAGGGUGUCCAGAUCUUACAGCAUGGUUGUUUCAAGAGGGGCUUGUCCCCCACAGCAGUGCAGCCCUGCAGUCCAAGGCAUCUCUCUCAGCCAACCUUCAGCCAGCCUGCCCAAGAUGGAUCCCAGUCUUUAUUCUUCCUUCUUCUUCCCAAAACACUGCCAAAACUCUGUUUCCCUGUCGCCUUACACCCAACCUUCCAACUCCCCUGUCUUCUGUUCAAAGGAGGAAGGACAAUUCUCUUGCAUUGUCAAUGGCUCUCAAUGGCCCUGUAUUUUUUCUUAAUGGCCCUAGCUUGGCCAGGUUGUUUUGCAUAGGCGAGCUCAGGAAUUCCUCUGCAGCUUUUAUUUCUCCCUUCACAUUCCAAAUCAUCCACAUCCUACUAUUUAUUAAAUUCAACGGUUUGUGGGAGGGGUCUCCCCAAAUCUAUAACAAUAAUAAAUAUGUGCAAAAAUCUGUAGAACAGACUCCGUAAAAUGGCAGCCAAAAAAGGCUUCAGCAGUAAAAUAUGUCAUCAGCAGAAUCACCAUAAUGACCAAGUAGAAAGAGAAGCCCCGUCCUCCCCCACCUCGAGUUCCACACAUGUUUUUAAAAGGAACACGGUGUUGCAACUAGAGAUGGACCUUGGGAGGCAAUGACCAGGGCCCUACAGCCCCUCACCCACCCUAUGAUCACCCAGAGAGCAACAGGUGACGGACUACAGUGUCAAACAGGCAUUCCAGGUUUUUUACUGGGAUGCUACAUCAUGCUUUCUUUCCUCUUCUUAUUUUUAAAGACAUGUUAUAUAGCCAGGGGGCAGCUGUCCACACAUGUACUUGGUUAAAGAUGCUCAUUUUUUAAUUAUUUUCACUCUAAGGAUAGAUUUUCCUUUUCUACAAGCAAGCAGUGCUUAUCCCCACGUAAAUGUGUUCAGCAUCAGGGCAGCAGAAGUAAACGCCAUCUUAUCCUUGCAGUCCCGGUGGGGCUAUGAUUGAAGUGAGUUUAACAUGCAAAACUGCACACGCUCAUUCCUUUUAUCGAAAUCAAGGCUGGCAAACUGCUUGUUGUUGUUGUUUGUUUGUUUGCUUGCUUGUUUGUUGCUCUAACGUAUCGAGAAUACAGAAGCAGUAGUAUAAAGCAUGGAAUCACAGUGGGAGGUGGGGAAGAGAUAUAUUUUGUAUGCUUUGCAAAUGAAAUAAUACACAUGGCUGCCUACAGCAUUCCCCUCCCCCCCCAUAAGACCCUUAAAUCUAGGGUCUAAAAUUACCUAGCUAUGCUACUGAAUUGAUGUCUUUUGCAUGUUAAAGUCUCUGACCCCGAUCCAGCCUUAGUCACAUGCAAUUAGUCUCAUACAGCAACCAGUAGCCCUGGAUUGUGAUGCUUAUUUUCACUGGCAUCUGAAGAUGCAUCGUCCGGCUGAUUCAGUUGCAUAUCUGCAUCAUCUGUGCAUGUACAAGCUUCCUUCUACAUAUGGAUCCUCCUUCCUAGAUUUGCGGUAGAGGCCAAUCCCCCUCCCUCUGCGUGUUCAAUUGACUCAUGCACAACUGUGUAUACUUGCAGCACCAGAAAAUAAAUAGAAUCAUACUAGGAAAUGGAGAGAAAGAGAUGGAGAGUCCUUGCGGCUCACGAGGAGACCCUCCCCAGAGCAUGAAGAGGAUGUCAGUAUGGGCAGAGGAAGCCCCAAAGAGAUCAGAAGCGCAGCAGGGCUUUGUUUAGGCUGCUCAGCCUCCCUGACUAACAGCUGGUGUGUAGGGUAACGCAGCAGCAGGUAGAGAGCAAGGGGGAAAUGGGUGUUUUAGAGGCUUUUUAGAUGGUGCUCCCCACUUUAUAUGUUGGGGGCGCUGGAAUGUAACCCCUGCAUAAAUGGGGGAGAGACACCUGCAUUUGAGUUGUGACCAUUCUUUAUCCCUUACCCUCCCAGAGAAGUAAAGCAAAAGUCCCCAAAUGUAGUCAUUUAUUUACUAUAUCAGUACAUCGCUCUUCCUCCAUCAGGAUCACAGGAUGAUUUGCCAUAUUCACAUGGAAACAAUAAUAAGAUAAUAGAUAAAAUGAUCGAUGCAACCAAUCAGCUAAAACAAGGGUGACAACAAUUAUGCAGCAAGCACAAUUUCCCACAAUGCCGCUGAUGUGGUAUCCCUCCAAGGCAGCAGUUCUCAACCUGUGGGUCUCCAGAUGUUGUUGGAUUACAACUCCCAUCAUCCCUGAGCUCUGGCCUUGCUAGCUAGGGGUGGUGGGAGUUGUAGUUCAACAACAUCUGGGGACCCACAGGUUGAGAAAGGCUGCUCCAAGGUAUUCUGAGAUACAGAGCUGCAACACAAAAUUUAAGGGGGUUGGUCACCCUUUGCCCACCCCAAUUAAAUCAAGUCCUAUUGCUCAUUCUGUCCUGCCUUAUUCCUGAGUUGUUGCAGUAGCAAAAAUAACCCUGGUGCGGGAGGCAAAGGAAUGACACAUGUGUCGUGUGUGCGUGGAGGAAAGAGUGAGAAACUUAGCAGACAAAGCAGAUGUGAGAAGAAAAGCUGCUGCAGGGAAGAGGGGGUGAAAUCCCUGAUGUCUUUGAUUUGUUGGGAGUAGGAAGAACCUUUGUGCUUAAUGUCAGGGGAGGUGUCAGCCGUUCCAGAAUAAUGAGUGCGCUUCAUAUCCUUUUAUGGCUUAAAGAUGAAAAGAGCGGGUGAUCCAGUUUUGUGAGCCUCGGUCAAUGCAGAUAGAAAACUCACCUUCCUGCAACAUCAACUAGUUUGUUCACAGGAAACAAAGGGCCAACUUCAUGGUAAAGGUAAAGGCAGGUAAAGGACCCCUGGACGGUUAAGUCCAGUCAAAGGCAACUAUGGGGUGCUGCGCUCAUUUCGCUUUUCAGGCUGAGGGAGCUGGCGUUUGUCCACAGACAGCUUUCUGAGUCAUGUGGCCAGCAUGACUAAACUGCUUCAGGUGCAACGGAACCUUGUGACGAAAUCCAGAGUGCACAGAAAUGCUGUUUACCUUCCCGCCGCAGUGGUACCUAUGUAUUUAUCUAAUUGCACUAAUAUGCUUUCAAACUGCUAGGUUGGCAGAAGCUGGGCAGAGCAAUGGGAGUUCACCCCAUCAUGCGGAUUUGAACCGCCAACCUUCCAAUUGGCAAACCCAAGAGGCUCAGUGGUUUAGACCACAGCGCCACCUGCUCCCAGUGGCCAACGCUGUAGCUCUCCAGGGACCAGAAGAUUUCAGUGUAUGUGACGGAGCUUCCUUUUCUCCUCCUAUCUCUUCAAGCCACCCCACCCCAACACCCUAACUAUCAGCACUGGAGGGGUGGGAGACUCUCAGGAGCAGAUUUUGUGGGGCAUGCAAGAAGGGGAGGGCACCGUCUUGUCCUUUGCUUUGGGGCAGCCCUCGGUUUGGUUUCCUUAAUCUGGGGCUGGCCUACAGCUGCAUUGUUAGAGAUCCGUCUUGUUCCAGAUUGGUAACAAUCUGUUCUUUCAUUCCCACCUCAAAAGAGAUGACCAAAAAAUGUUAUGCAAUUCCGUUUCAGUGGCAAUAGAUUUACAAGAGCUCGCCAAGAAUCACUUUGUAGUCGGAUGUGGUUAUACAAAUUCUUAAAUAUUACUUUUGAUCUUUUAUCAGAAGAUCGGAGAAAUAAAGACAGCCAGGAAUCCAAUUUGGAUACAUCAUCAGAUGACAGUCACCAGACAAAACCGGUGUUUAGAGCUGUUUCACUGAACAGGACAUCUGCAGCCUAAGGUAAAUGAAAAAUGACAAUGCCUCUUCAAGCCUGUUAUGAAAGAAGUAUUUCAUGUUCAUAUUGUGUGCAGCUGUAUCUGCCUCAUUCUUUCAGCAUUACAGUGUUAAGUGCAUAAUGUUGACAGCAUUCAAUCAUAAUCACAACUGUCAGCAACAUUCAGAACGGAGGGCAGCUUCUCAGUUGCUACCAUCAGAUAUGCAAGCAGCCAAAGUUCCACUCUGGUGGGGGGGGCCAAGGAAGCACCAGUGGGCGCUAGCCACUGUCCAAAUAUGCUGAAUACUGAUGCCUGCUAUGAUUAAAGGUAGAGCAUCUGGUCACCCCAGAUGGAAAAUGAUGGGUUAAGUUGAUGCCCAUGUUGGUGGCAGGCUGAAGACUAUGAGUGUGUAAGAGACUAAUGUUUGCAAUACUGUAUAGUGGGACUAGAGAACAAUAGCAAGCAGUCAACAAUGGACUCUCAGAGAUCAGAACCUUGCUAGAUCAGGCCAAAGGACUAUCUAGGAAGCAUCCUAUUUUCCACAAUGACCAACCAGGUGUGUAUAAGAUGCCCACAAGCAGGACACAUGGGCCCUCUCCCACUUACUAUGUUCUCCAGUAACUGGUGUUCAAAGGUGUGCUAUCUUUUGAUCCUGGUAGCGGUACAGAGCUAUCGCAACUAGUAGCUAUUGACAGCUUUAUCCUCCAUGAAUUUCUCUAAUCUAAAGCCAUCUAAGUUGGUGGCUCUCACUCCUCCAUCACCACGUCUUCUAGCAACUAAUUUCAUAGUUUAACUAUAUGGACAAGAAAACAUCAAAGGGGGCAUGACGGAAGCAUGCAUCAUGGUUCCUUGGAGCAAAAUUCACACAGCCCAGCAUGUAAAACUACAACCUGUGAGAUGUUGCACUAACCUUGAACUACUAACCUAAGGGGUUCCAAAAGCCAAGGUUUCUACAGCAGAAGUGCCACUGUCCUUUUUUCCUAUCUCUGCCCCAAUAGCAUUUUAAUAACAGCAGGAACUAUGGCUGCCUAAAUGAUACACUAUUCUCAUAACCCUUACCUAUGGGUUCAGGACCUUACUUAAUGGCUCAGGACCGCAAAAGCUCAAGGACCGCCUCUUUCCAUAUGAACCUACCUGGACCCUGAGAUCAUCUUCUGAGGCCCUCCUUCGUGUGCCUCCUCCUCAAGAGGUCCGGAGGGUAGCAACACAAGAACGGGCCUUCUCUGCAGUGGCUCCCCAUCUGUGGAAUGCUCUCUCCAGGGAAGUUCACCUGGCACCUUCAUUAUACACCUUUAGGCACCAGGCAAAAAUGUUCCUUUUUAAACAGGCCUUUGGUUGACCUGAUCAACAUCCUAUACCCUUUUAAAAUGUGGCUCUUUUCAGGGGGGGGGUGUUAUUGGGUUCUUGUUUUUAUUUUAUAUAUUGUGAUCUUUUCUGUGAACCCCCCCAAGACCUCCGAGUAUAGGGCGGUAUAUAAAUUGAGUAAAUAAAACAAAUAAAAUAAUAUUGCUACACAAAUCAUUGCAUUAUUUCUCCACCUUGCCAAUAAAUUAAUAAAUAAAUGGGCAAGGAGGGCCAAUCCCAGUUCAGAGUGAUCACAGGUCCUUGUCGGUCCAUUCACACAGAGUAGAACUGGCAAAAAAUUAUACCAGCCAAGAGGUAGAAAUUUUUAUAGAGGCUGACAAGCAGCACAUUGGAGUGAUCAGUCCCCAUCCUUCUCACUAGUACCCUGUAUGAACAAAGGCACCCUUUGCUGUCCAUGCUUGUCAAAUGUAAGGCACAGAUGUUCCAUCUCUUGUCAGUUUCUGUCUUGUUGUGGAGCAAUGACUGGCCUGCCUGGAGGAGAAACCUCCUCCCCUGGGACUCAGCCCAAGCCAGUGUCUGCAACAGCAGUCAGUCAAAGAGAGCUCCUCUGAUCUCACAUCCCCCUAGUUUCUGACUAUGGUGUCCUCAGACUUGGGAAACAAGAGAGCAUUAUAUGCACCAGUGUUUUAAGUUGCCCAGGUGGUAGCAGCUCCUUGUCAUCUUCCAUAGCCCAAUAUACCCCAAUCCUUCCUCAGUUCCCUUCCUGGAUUGCCAAAUUACGAUACCUCCUGCUUUCUAUAUACAGUAGCAUCUUAUGGCUUUUUUUUUAAUGGGAGGGUGGAAUAGCUGUGUGAUAUCAGGGGUUAAUAACCUUGUAUACUGCAGUUGAGAUUAAGUCAGCUGCUUCAACAUUUUGUAACUGUUAACUCUUAAAUUUCCCUCAACCGUGAAAACCUCUGUUGAAUAUUUUUGACAUGGCUGUUUGAUCAGCUCCUCUUCAUAUAAGUUUAACAGACAGUGGUGGAAUCUACACACAUACAAAAAACAUUCUGAAAAUACUUUGUUGUUGUUGUGUUUUUAAAAAAACAUUGAGUUUUCCAUAAGGCUCACUAUCACCAUCUAGUGUCACAUUGUAUAUUGCACUUAAAACACUCUUAAUGUUUUAUUUGCAGUUGUGUAGCUGAGUCCAGUGUAUUUGAAAGGGGCGUGACCAGAAUGCCAUAGGAGGAGGAAGGAAAUAAGAUAUAGGAUCGGGAGGAAGCAAGUUGGGGAAGUAGAUCUGCAUGAAACAAACAAUGUAGUGUAAAUUAGUCAGAAAGAAUAGGCUGCCUAACACCUCUAGAGAACAUAGUUAUGUAUAAGCUGUGCUGACUGGGGCUGAUGGGAGUUGUAGUUCAGUACAUCUGGAGAGCACCAGGUUGGUGAAGGAUGAAUUACACUCAUGGUGUUCAUGCUUUAUAUAAUCAGAAAAUAUGGACUUAUUUCAGCCCCACUCAAUUUGCACUGACCCUUAUACAGCAACUCAUCAGGAUAUAAAAUUGACACACCUACAUAAUCUCAGUUGUUGUUGUUAGUGAAUUAGAGAAUGAACUUAAUAGUAAUCAAAACUAUCAUGUUAUUAUCUUCUUUAUGAAGCACCACAAAUCAAUUUUGCAAUACAAUAAGAUUCACAUGCAUUAUAUGUGUAUAUUUUUUAAAAAAACCUGAAAGUAGUGGCAGGACAUUUCUCCAUUUGUAGUACAUUUCUCCCAUUUUAUUCAACAAUGGAAAUAAUAUUGACAAAGCUAAUAUUUAGGGGGGAAAGACAGAAAAUACAAAAUCUGUUUUAUAACUAGUCAAUAGCUUAAUCCCAACAAAUCUCAGCUCUGAUUUCUCAGUCUCCAUAUAUUUGGUGGUUUAUAGUGUCACCAGAAUCCCUUGAUAGAAUUACUGCCUUACAUUACAUGGGUAAUUAUCAACUGUCUGUAUAUAAGAGACUUUGCAAAUAAUUAAGGAUUGUAAUUCUGGAUUAUCAUUGAUUAAUGGACAAGGAAACCUGGUACCUCCUGCGUCUUGGAAGGCUGAUCUGCUCUUUUGUCACAUCUGAUCUUUGAUUGGCCCAUUUGAUGAUGACCUCUUCAUCCUUAGCUCAGGAAUGCUUUCACAUAGCUGCUUAUACAUUAAAUACAGCUGUUAAAUGUUUUCCCCCUUUCUUUGUGGACUGAAAGUGGGGAAAGAAUACCGGGUGCAAAACUAGCUUGACAAUUUAUAACAUAAAAUAUAUAGCUGUUGAAAUCUCCUGGUUCCAAAAGUAUUUGAACUCACCGCUACCUGUUAUGAUCAAAUAUUCUAAAUCCAAUUCUGUAUUUGACAUUUAUUUUAAAAUUCCCAGUGACACAAAGGAGAAGCCUGUCCCAGAGUAUGUGAAUGACCCCCCUGUGCUGUUUCAUAUUUUAAGAGGAGCCGCAUGUGUCUCGACAGCCUAGCUAAACCCAUUCCUGCUGUUCAUACCCUUAUGAUUCACUGGGCAGUUUUAAAAUUAUCUCCUAGUUCUUGUUCUAAACUACAAUGCAGAGUCGUGGAGCACUGGGCACAUCAAUCCUAUGCUCAUAUCAUGCCAGGACUGGAGGAGAUAUGCUGUCUCUACAUCAACAGAAUGGCCACCAUAUCCGAUGUGUGCACAGCCUGGUAAAUACACUCUUGGAAAAUACAAAAAUGGGAGGAACACAGCCAACAUGCCCCAGCAUUCUGGGAAACCCAGGGGCUGUACCAGUGAUAGUAUCUCUGUCCACACAAAGAGGAAACCAAUGAAUUCGCCAUGAUGAGGAUUUGUCCCAGCACGCACACAUCCCUACAUCACCACACAUGUACAAGAUGAUGCCACAGCAGUGUCCAUUCUCCAUCAGCCCCCGUGGCACAGUGACCCACAGCACCAUAGCUGUCAACUUACAGAUUUGAAAAUAAGGGACCAGCAGCCUUGAAAAUAAGGGACCAUCAGCCAAAAUAAGGGACCUGCAGCCUCACCUGUUCCAGGCACUCCAGUCUUCCUGUCCUCCUGCAGUCUGGUCAAACUCAUGCUGGGUAGAUUCGAGAACACUGUCCAACCAACUUUGUAACCAGAGGUUCAACUGAAUAGAAUCUGAAUCACAUGCACCACAAGGCCUAUGAAGCCUCAAGUUAAGAUGGCUCCCCGGCCUGGCUUUGCACUGCAAAGUUUGCAGCAGCACGUGCAACAAAAUGGCGUCCAGCAUUCAAAACCCUCCUCAGCUUGCAUUAACUAGCCACACACAAGGCAUGCAAGCUUCACCCCCCAGUCAUUCUUAGACUUCUUAUUCGGUGAGCAACACAGCCAAGCAACACAGUAGGAGCCUCCCUUCUCCCUGGCCGGCAGGGAGGGAGGGAGAGGAGCUGCUUCCUUUGAAAUUUAAGGGACAUCAUUUAAGGGACAUUUAAGGGACAUCCAUCAAUAAGGGACAGCAGUGGGACAUGGCGCUGGAAUAAGGGACUGUCCCUUCAAAUAAGGGACACUUGACAGCUAUGCAGCACUGCAGGCAUCUACCUAGGCAGAGAUUCAAACCCACAGUCCAUCUUUCGGAGCACAGCACAUACAAAGGGGAAGCAGGGGAAGACGCACAAUAUUAUAGCACCCGCAUAGGUUACUGGGGAGGAUGCCCGCAAAAGAGCACACACAUCCCUCCAGGGACAAGGGUUUAAGGUUUCUCCUAGGCAGACCAAAGCAGUCAGAAAACGGGGCCAGGACAUGCAACAUGGACAGCUAUUGAUGCAUCCCAGAGAUGUGCUCUGACCCUAGCAGAUCUCCAGUGGCUCACUGAAUAGGGGCAGGGGGUUGGAAGCAGAAGGUGGGAGUUUGAGCCUCAUUAAGAGGAAAGAAGGGAUGCGGGUGGCACUGUAGGUUAAACCACAGAGCCUAGGACUUGCCGGUCAGAAGGUCGGCGGUUUGAAUCCCCGCGACGGGGUGAGCUCCCAUUGCUUGGUCCCUGCUCCUGCCCACCUAGCAGUUCGAAAGCACGUCAAAGUGCAAGUAGAUAAACAGGUACCGCUCCGGCGGGAAGGUAAAUGGCGUUUCUGUGCGCUGCUCUGGCUCGCCAGAAGCGGCUUAGUCAUGCUGGCCACAUGACCCAGAAGCUGUACACUGGCUCCCUCAACAAAUAAAGCGAGAUGAGCGUCACAACCCCAGAGUUGGCCACGACUGGACCUAACGGUCAGGGGUCUCUUUACCUUACCUAAGAGGAAAGAGGCAAUAUGCUGGAUGUUGGAAGAUUUGGGAAAUAUAAAAGGAAGUGCUUCUUCAUGCAGCGCAAAGUCAAACUAUGGAACCGCAGGAGGCAGCAAGGACCACCAACUUGGAAGGCUUUAAAAUAGGAUUAGACAUUUUCCAUGAUGGCAAAGCUCUGCCUCCACAGUCAGGAGCAGCAUCCUUCUGAAUGCCAGUUAUGGGAAAUUGCAGGUGGGCAGCGUUCAUGCCCUGCAUCUGGUUGGCCACUGUGGGACCAGGAUGCUGGACUCGAUGGGUCAUUGGAUUGAUCUAGUGGGCUGUUCUUCUGUUCGUUUUUGUGUGCCUGGGGGGGGGGGAAUCCACACUGGGGCAAAAGAGAGGGAGUGCCCCAAAAUGAAACUGAGCCGGUGAGCACAACGGAGCGGUCCUCCAACCACAUAGGUCACAUUCACAGCAUAAAUUUAAAGCGCAAUUGAAUAAGGUCCCCCAUGGAAUUCUGGGUACUCUCGUUGGCCAAACGUGCUGGGAAUUAUAGUUCUGUGGUUGGGUCUCCGAACAACCCACAGCGCCCUUAACAAACUAUUGUUCCCGUGAUUCUUUGGGGGGAACCAUGGCUGUAAAAUCAGUAUGAGGGUGCUUUAAAUGUACUGUGUGGAUGUGACUGCAUCCACAGACACCAAUCAGAUGCACAAAGGACAUUUUGGCUUCCCAGCCCUCAGAAGGUGCAAGUAUAAUAUUGUGCCCUUAAACUGUGGCUAUAUUUCCUACCUCAAGGGAUCCUAUUUCAGAGGUGAAUCAAAACCCACUUUGUAAGAAAAAAUGGGUUGGUUUUUAUUUUUUAGGAUGAUAGACACAAACACGCACGACCCUAUAUUUUUGGUGUCCUGCAAGAUAAAGGGCUAUUGCAAUAUGCCAUAUAGGUUGUUGGUUUCUUUGCAAGAUCAAGAGAAAACAAUGGCUUGUAUUCUCCCCUUCUCUCCCUAAAGGAGGACACACAAUACGUUUAGACUUCUCUGACCUUGCCAAGAAGCCUUUUGCUCAAAGACAAAAGCAAGAGAACAAUGGAAGGUUGUUCUUUGAUGCUGGGCUUUGCCAAAAUCUUUUCAGAUAAAGGUCAGAAGCUGGCUGUUGUUGUUGGUACUAUUAUUAUUGGUGUGUGCAUGCGCUAUGUUUUAUUGGAAAUAAUAAAUUCGCCCGGUAAUUAGUGCCUUGCAUUUUAUUUUUCUUUGCUGACCCUUUGCUUUUUGAAAAAUGCCCUUUAAGGAGAUUCUCACUGCAGCGAAUGGUAAUAUAAAUCUCAACAUUAGAUCUUGGAUAAUAUUUCCAGAACUGCUGAACAUUUAAAAAAAAUAAUAAUGCAAAGGAAUCUUUUGAAUUUCUCAUCCUUCCCUGAGCCAUAAUAAUCAGAGAAGUAGAUCGAGAGCUGUCGCAUGGAGACAGCGUCCUCGCCGUACCUGGGCUGCAUACUAAUGGGAUGCUCCCACCCUGCAGAGGGAGACGUGGAAAGCCUUUUUAAUGUCAGCUCAAAGCUGAGAAGUUAAAGCAACAAAUCUCACUCAGCAGAACAGGAGAGCAUCAAUGUGGCUGAGAAACAGCAUUGCCAUCAACCUCAAAUUAUUUCAUUUUGUGGGGGAGGGAGGGAGGGAGGGAGGGAGGCCAAACAGAUUGAGACUCAUCCUUUAGGGUAGGAUGAGGCCGGACCUAUUGCCCUCCAGAUGUUGCUGAACUCCAACUCCCAUAAUCCUCUGACCGUUGGCCCAUGCUGGCAGGGGCUGAUGGGAGUUGGAGCACUAGCCUGCCCAUCCCGAAGGUGUUAGAGAUAAAUGCAUCUUCUCAAGCCUUGUUGUGUUGAAGCCUGAGAGAAGCCAGCUUCCAUGAAGCCAGAUAUAGCCUCUUAGUCCAGGCACAGCUCCAGCGAGGGAGUAAUGCUCCGAUAUGUGUUGAGAGGGGGAAGGGAAGCAACCUGCUAUCGAGCCAGAAAAGUGUGAAAAGAUUCAGCACAGCCCCACAUAUUAAAACUGGUGGCAAAGCCCGCGUCAGAAUUUCCUACAGUGAAUAGCAACACCAGGCAGGUCAGCACCAUACAUUUAAAGCACAUCCAACACACAUUUAAAUCAUGUGACUUCCCCCAGAGAGUCCUGGGGACUGUAGUUGGUUAAGGAUGCUGGGAAACAGUAAUUCUGUGAGGGGGGGAAACUACAGCUCCCAGGAGUCUUUGGGGAAAGUCAUGUGCUUCAAAUGGGUGUUCGCUAUGCUUUAAUCAGGGGUCAGCAAACUUUUUCAGCAGGGGGCCGGUCCACUGUCCCUCAGACCUUGUGGUGGGCCGGACUAUAUUUUGAAAGAAAAAAAUGAACGAAUUCCUAUGCCCCACAAAUAACCCAGAGAUGCAUUUUCAAUAAAAGCACACAUUCUACUCAUGUAAAAACACCAGGCAGGCCCCACAAAUAACCCAGAGAUGCAUUUUCAAUAAAAGCACACAUUCUACUCAUGUAAAAACACGCUGAUUCCCAGACCAUCUGCGGGCCGGAUUUAGAAGGCGAUUGGGCCGGAUCCAGCCCCUGGGCCUUAGUUUGCCUACCCAUGGUUUAAAUGUACACUGUAGCUCUGCCCAUAGGAACAUGGGAAGCUGCCUUAUACUGAAUCAGACCAUUGGUUCAUCCAGACUCUGGAGUUUUCAGACAGGAAGUUUCCUCCUGUAUGCUGUACAGAUGCUCUGUCACUGAGCUACAGAUAUCACGCAUGGGCAUCACCUUCAACGAAGUCGGUAUCCUGAGCCAAAAUUUCUCAGAAAUUUUCUGAUAAUUUAAAAUAUACUUUUGUCCCUUCUCCUAAAAAAGAAUUCUUGGAAUAUUCUAUGCCUCCUCCCCGCCCCCCACUCUUUUGUUUGUUUGUUACCAUUUCCCCACUCACAAAGUCCUGGAACAAUGGCAGGUCUCAGGCAUUGGGAGGAACACAAAACGUUGCCAAGUCUGCCAACUGAGUUGCUACAGCAUAAAAAUACAUGGUUCUAGGUGGGCGGCAGGGAUAAGCUGUGCUGCUGCUACAGCAGAUGGGCAGCCUAUCAACUACGGGGGGAUUUCUUCUCCUUCUAUAUUCAGCAAAAUGGUUCCCCCUGUUUUGCUGCCUGCAGACAGAGUGGAGAAUUUUGGAAGGCCAUUUUUGAUCGGCUCUUUAUGUGCUUGCUGCAGGGUACACACCAGGGUAACAUUCAGUGCAGCGAUCAUAAUGUGUGGAGCAAAAGCCACGAAGAGAGCCAUCUGGAAGAAAUGA